AUGUCCAAAAACCCUACUCUACCCGUUACAUGUUCUUCCAAGAAACAUCCGGUAUACCGCGGAGUGAGGCGUCGUGGAACCAGUGGAAAAUGGGUUUCCGAAAUCCGUGAGCCCAAAUCACCCAACCGGAUAUGGCUCGGCACAUUCCCAACCCCAGAAAUGGCGGCUGUAGCUUACGAUGUGGCAGCGCUUACACUCAAAGGUGGAGAUGCGCAGCUUAAUUUCCCAGACUCAGCGUCUUCUUUGCCGGUGCCUCUCUCAACCUCCUCUCAUGAUAUCCAGGCGGCUGCCGCCAGUGCUGCCGCUGCAGCUGGGGCAGCCAUGGAUGCACUGGGAAGCUGUCAUGUGACAGCUUCUCCUCCGGCAAUUUGGUUUGCCGAUGAGUUUAUGGAUGAGGAUUUGAUAUUUAAUAUGCCUAGUCUCAUAAACAGCAUGGCUGAAGGGAUGCUCCUUAGCCCUCCUCGGUUUGAUCUCAUAAACGAUGAGUUUGCUUCCGGAAAUGAGUUGGAUCAUAACCUGUGGAAUUAUUCUUGAGUCCAUGUCGUGUUAUUUCAGCUUUGUUUAGUGAAUAUAUAUAUAUGCAAA